UUAUUCUCUCGUCUCCACUCACACACACACUCUCUCUCUCUCUCUCUUUUGAAGGAGCUGCUACUGCUGAGUUCCUGUUUACGCUCUGUUUUUAAAGAUGGAGAAAGCCCGUGAACAUAUAGAAAGCAUAAGAAGAGACAGAUUCUUCAUUGGUCGAGAGCAAAAGAAUCCGCUGGCCGAAGACAUGCACCAGGCCGUCAACUAUCUCUCAGAGGAGCUCUACGCCAAGGACGUACACUUCCUCAUGGAGCUCAUUCAGAAUGCUGAAGACAAUCAGUAUCCAGCUGGAACGCCGCCGUCACUGGAGUUCGUCAUCACAUCGAAAGACCUCACCGCCACCGGAGCAUCAGCAACACUGCUGGUGUUCAACAAUGAGAAGGGUUUCACGCCGGCCAACAUCGAAUCCAUCUGCAGGGUCGGCAAGUCCACCAAGAAAGGCUGCCGCAAUCGUGGUUACAUCGGGGAGAAAGGCAUUGGUUUCAAAAGUGUGUUUCUGGUAUCCAGUCAGCCCCACAUCUUUAGUAAUGAAUAUCAGAUACGCUUCAACGAAGAACCAUGCCCAGAGUGCAACAUUGGGUACAUCGUCCCUGAAUGGGUUGAGGAUAAUCUGAUGCUCUCAAACAUAAAGCAAAUAUAUGGUCCUUCUACGACACUUCCCACGACGACAAUAAUCUUGCCUUUAAAAGUUGAAAAGGUUGCGGCAGUGAAGCAACAGCUGUCGAAAAUGCACCCUGAAAUCCUAUUAUUCCUUUCAAAAAUUAAGCAGCUUGCCGUCAGGGAAGAAAAUGAUGAUCCAAGGCUUAACACAGUGAGCCAAAUCUCUAUCUCAAGUGAGACAGAUGUUGAGAUGAGAAAGAACGUAGCUGCUGAAUCAUACACUCGCCAUCUUGCUGCCCAAGAAAACAGCAAACGGGAAGAGGAAGAGUGCAGCUACUACAUGUGGAAGCAAAAAUUCCCUGUGAAAUCUGAUUGUAGGGUGAAGAAGAGAAUGGAAGUCGACGAAUGGGUCAUCAUUCUGGCUUUUCCGUGGGGACAGCGGCUAAAUCGAGGGCUAACCACACCUGGCAUAUACUCCUUUCUACCCACCGAGAUGGUCACAAACUUCCCGUUCAUAAUUCAGGCAGACUUCCUUCUAUCUUCGUCAAGGGAGUCGAUACUUUUGGAUAGCCCCUGGAACAAAGGAAUUCUUGAAUGUGUUCCUUGUGCCUUCACUAAUGCUUUUGUCUCCUUGGUGAAAUCAACGCAGACAGCUCCCUCUUCCUGCAUUUCCUCCAUGUUUCGUUUCCUCCCCGUGAAAAGCUCUAAAAUACCGCUAAUGGACUCCGUAAGGCAGUCCAUCAAAGAGAAGGUAGUGGCAGAGUAUAUUGUACCCUGUGAAUCUCAGACUAGCCAAAAAUUCUUCUCCAAGCCAAGUGAAGUUGGCCGGCUGAUGCCAGAAUUUUGGAAUAUCCUGGACAAGGUGGAGAAGCUUAAGGUGGACUUGAAGAACUUGUCAUCCCAUGGGAUUUAUUGCCUGAGUUCAUCGUUCGAUAAGAAAGAAAAUGAUGAGGUGUUGGACUUUCUAGGCGUGGGGUUUGUGGAUAAGCAGUGGUACGCGAAGUGCAUUCAGAGUUCCAAUCUUGUUAGGGAAGUUACUGAGGAGGUUUACUUGGACCUCCUGUCUUUCCUAGCCGAUAAUUGGCAGGAUUUCUUCAAGGGCACCAACAUGGCCAACAUACCUCUCAUAAAGUAUGUAGACGUGAGUGGCAGUUUCUCUUUGCGGAGCAUAAACGGAGCAGCUUUGUCUAGCGAGAAGAUAGGUAUUGCCUCAGAAAGCAAGAACAUUUCUUGGUUGAUUAGUUGGAGCCGGGAAUUCUGGUCUUCUGUGAUCUUUUUUGUACCCCAAAAGACUCAGACAGUUCUUGCAACAUAUCCCAGACAAGCUACCAUCAUAAGUUGGUUAAAAUCGAACGCUGAAGUCCAGGUUUUAGACGUGUACAAUUAUGGGUUUAAGGCUUUGCCAAGCCUGCGGGAUGAUAGAAAGCAUGUGAUUGCGUUCGCUCACUUCCUCUAUCACUCCUGGUCGAAGGGCUAUUUGACAGAGUGGGCUGUCAAGGAGUUGUGCAGUCGCAUGCCGCUCGUGGAUAGCUACGGAAAUGUGACUGCACAAACAAACAAGACUUUGGUUCCCGCAAAAUGCAGCCGGUGGGUUGGAUUUUUGGGUUCGAAUGUUUGGAGAGGGGAGGGUUAUGUUGAGAUGGGAGCAGACUACAUUAUGUCUGGUAAUUUCGCUGGAAACUAUACUUCUGAAAAGAAGCUUCUUCCCUUCCUUGAGGAUCAUAUUGGAGCUUCUGAUAUUCCAAAGAUAUGUCCUCCAAAUGCCCCAUUUCUUACUGUAUCUUCUCCUUUGACGAAGGAGAACACAUUCUUGCUUUUAGAAUGGAUAUCAAAACUGAAAUAUAGAGGUAUUCAAAUUCCGCAAAGGUUUCUGCAUUGCAUCAAGAGUGGAAGUUGGCUUAAGACAUCAGUUGGUUACAAGCCCCCGUCUGUAUCGUUCCUUUCUGAUUCUGACUGGGGAAGUCUGCUGCACAUGGAGUCCAUUCUCAUUGACAUACCCAUGGUGGAUCAAUGGUUCUAUGACUACAAGCUUGGCAGUUACAAGGAAGAGUUGAAAUUGAUUGGUGUUCGAUUCGAGUUUGGGGAAGCAUCAACUUAUAUCGGCAACCAUCUCAUGUCAUUGGCCGAAAACUCCACUUUGUCAAGUGGAAAUGUAAUUUCUCUUCUUGAAUUGAUUAGAGCAGUGAGGGAGAAGCAACUGUCCCCUGAACAUCUCAUCUCUAGCAUCAAACAUGGAAGUUGGCUGAAGACUUCUCAGGGCUAUAGAUCUCCAGUUGGAGCUGUUUUGAAAACCUUUGAGUGGACAACGGCCUCACUUAUAAGCAAUCUUCCCUUCAUUGAUCAAGGCUUUUACGGCGACAGAAUUCUCAACUAUGGGACUGAACUUCAGCUACUUGGUGUUGUAGUCGGCUUUAAUCAUAAUCACCAACUUGUUGUAGACAACUUCAAGCUAACUUCUCCAGUAGCAGCUGACGCUGCGAUUCUGAUACUUGAUUGCAUUCGCUAUGUGAAAUCAUCUGAAGUGUUUAUUAAUAAGCUCAGGGGGUUAAGGUGGGUUAGAACCCACACCGGAUACAAAAUACCAAGCGAAUGCUUUCUUGUAGAUUCGGAGUGGGAGUGCCUCCUCGAGGUAGUUGAUGAAGUUCCAUUGGUUGAUCAGGCAUUUUAUGGUGGUAGGAUUGGGUCUUAUAAGGAAGAACUGAAGAAAGCUGGGGUGCUCGUGAGUUUCGAGGAAGCAUCCAAGGCCAUUGCUAACCGGUUUAAGCUACUUUCAUCAUCAUCUACGCUUACAAAGAAAAAUGUUUUCGCAUUGCUUUCAAGCUAUCGUCAGUUGACCAAGAUUUCAUACAGAUUCCCUUCUGAUCUUACCAAUUGUAUACACACAGAGAAAUGGAUACGCACCCGAACAGGGUUCAGGUCUCCCAAAGAAUCAAUCUUAUUUGAGGCUGAAUGGGAGUCAGUUUCGCCAAUUGCUACUCUUCCUUUUAUUGAUGAUACUGAGGCUUACUAUGGCAAGGGAAUUUAUGAAUAUAAAGAUGAGCUCAAGGCUCUGGGUUGCACUGUUGAAUUCAAAGAGGGAGCCCAUUUUGUCGUCACUAGCCUGAACAUCCCUAAAGAUCCUUCAUCUGUGAGUGCACCUAGCUGUCUUUCGUUGCUCAAAUGUAUUCGGAAUCUGAAGAAGAAAAAGGCGGAAAUUUUUCCGAAGCAGUUUAUGGCAAGUAUUGACAAGAAGUGGUUGAAGACAGCCAUGGGUUACAGUUUCCCUGGUGAGUGCAUUGUCUAUGAUUCUAAGUGGGAACCUUUUUUAGAAAGGGGUGAUGGACCAUUUCUUGAUGAGGAUUUCUACGGGGCGGAGAUUACAAUGUAUGGAGAAGAGCUAAAGAUGUUUGGUGUUAUUGUGGGAUAUGGUAAUGGAUGCAAAGUGCUAGCUGAUCAUCUCAAAUGCCACUGUCAGACUAAUGCCAUAGUUAGAGUUUACAAGUACUUGAUGGAGUUCAAAUGGGAACCUGAAGACGGAGCUUCUGAUUGGAUUUGGAUACCAGAUGGCGCCGAAGGAGGCAAAUGGGUCGGAUCAGACUGUUGUGUUCUUUCCGACAAGGAUGAUCUCUUCAGCUCUCAGCUCUAUGUUCUUGAUAAGUAUUAUGAGCACAAGUUGCUCGGAUUCUUCUCCUUGGUACUGAAGGUUAAGAAUGGUCCAACUGUCGAAGAUUACUGCAAGCUCUGGAAUAUGUGGGAAUCUGCACUUCAUCAACCAACUGAAGCUGAAUGCAUUGCUUUUUGGGUUUUUAUUGCAAAGCACUGGUUUUUGAAGACGACAAACCUUCUUCUGGAGAGGAUCACUAAGGUUCCAGUGCUUUCAGGGAAUGGAAUUGUGCUAUCUAACAAGCAAGAUGUCUUCAUUCCUGAUGAUCUUAUGUUGAAGGAUUUGUUUGAUGAGGCCUCUGAAGAAUCUGUAUUCAUUUGGUAUCCUCCAACAACUAUUCCUUCAACCUCUCGGGCUAAAAUGAACUUAAUCUUCAGCAGCCUAGGGGUUCGAACUAUUUCUGGGGCUAUUGAAAAGGACCAGUUCUCCCUAUCAAAAAAUGCUGAUUUCAGAAAACAUCAUUCAAAAGAAACCAUAAUAAAACCUUCGUUGGUUAGAAUUGUUCUUGGAUUUCUAGCAGACCCUUUUCUUGAUAUAUGCAUUGAGGAUAGGCAACAGAUUAUUAAGUGUCUUCUUGAUUCAACAGUCUUUGAGACUGAUGAACCUAUUACAAUGAGUUAUCGCCUUCAACUUUCCUCGGGCAAGACUUUGAUAGCCAAGGCAAGUAGAAUUAUUCGAUGGGAAAAGGAGAACUCAAAGUUACUCAUUCAGAAGAUUGAUAGGUCAGGCGGACAAAGAGCAAAGAUUGAGUUUGCUACCUACUUUUCUCAAGCGAUAUCGAAGGGACUGUUAUUUGAGAGGGCUGAUCAUAUUGCUGCACUCGCUGAAGUUAUUAAACUCAGCUGCCUCUUGGAUUUUGAUGAUGUUGCUGUGGGAUUCCUGAUGAAGAGCAAGAACCUGCAACUUUUCGCGGAGGAUGAGGAGUUCUUGUCAUCGGCAUUCUCCUUGCUUAAAGUCUGAGAAAAGAAAUUGCUAACGAACUUUGUGCUCUUUGUUUCUGUCGUUCUUAUUCCCUGUUUGUGUGAUGAUAUGUUUAAGUUCCAGUACUAGCUUUCACUUUGAUCUUUGUUAUCAUGUUAUGUGAACCGUAAAGAUCAGUAGUUGUUAUGAUUAUCUAUGUUUUGUUUCUAUA